GCACCGCGCGCGUGUAUACGUUUUGCUUCCGGUGUAUUCGAGCACCGUAGCAGCACUGUGGGAACGUGUAGAGAUUAUGAUUUCAAGCGGUAAAACGUAAACUGUAGGUAAUAUAUUUAGACUUAUUUAUUAAUAUGUUUUUUUGCGCUCUUUUUGUCAACUUCUCUUACGAAAAGUCUUUGAAUAACUGCACGCUGUAAGGCAAGGCAAGGAUGGAUCUAGGAAAGGCAAAGCUGCUUAGGACUGGCCUCAACACCCUACACCAAGCCAUUCACCCUGUGCAUGGAAUAGCUUGGACAGAUGGGAAACAGGUCUGCUUAACUGCCCUCUAUUUCAUCAAUGGAGAGGUCAAAUUCGGGGACACCAACGUUAUCGGCCAAUUUGAACAUGUCCUCGGGCUGUUUUGGGGUCCUCUCUGCUGCUUGGAUUCACCUGCGUUGUUGGCUGUGCAGCAUAAGAAGCAUAUCACCGUAUGGCAACUACAACUCAGCACUCUGGAGCAGAACAAACUUUUAUGUACUCAAACUUGCGAAAUGAGCGAGCCUUUCCCGUUGCUGCCCCAGGGCUGCGUGUGGCAUCCUAAACUAGAUGUGUUAGCAGUUCUGACCAAAAGAGACACAUCGGUUCUGUUUUCAGUUCGGGUGGACAACCGGAGAAUCAAAGCUGACAUUAAAGGCAGUGGACUUAUACAUUGUGCCUGCUGGACUAAAGAUGGGACUCGUCUUGUUGUGGCUAUUGGCAGCGCUUUACACUCUUACAUUUGGAACGAUAUUCAGAAAAGCAUUGUAGCGUGUUCAUUUUGCCCAAUAUUCGACGUCGGUGGUUACGUCUGUGCCAUCGAGUCAACAGGAGAGGCUCAAGUUGCAGUCGCCACCGAACUCCCGUUGGAUAAAAUUUGCGGUCUAAAUGCGGGAAUCGCGUUUGAUUUACCAACCGAAACGGAAUCGCUUCAAAACCAGGAGAUAUCCGAGGAAGACGGCAUAUUCGACAGGAGGAGAUCGUUUUCGGAGCGUUCAUUUUUACCUAGCUCCGGACCUCUGGAUCUUACUCACCUUUUGGCACGCCACCGCCGCUCUGACCCAAGCCCCCUUCUACACCUGCGUCGUAGAGACACAGUUACUGGUUCUGGCCAAGACUCAUCUCAUCUCAUAUUAGUAACUUAUGAACGUAAAGUCACUACAACACGCAAAGUUAGCAUCCCUGGGAUUUUAGUUCCUGAUAUUAUUGCGUUUGACCCUCGUGGUUCUACUGUCGCUGUGGCUUCCAACACCUCUAACAUGGUUCUUGUGUAUUGCAUCACUCCUUCUGCCAUGCCCAACAUCCAACAAAUUUCUCUUCAAGCUAACGACAGACCAAAAGGAGUGUGUUUUCUUAACGACAAAAUGCUUCUACUCAUGAUUGGCAGGCAGAAGUCUACAGAUCCUGCUUUCCUCCCGGCUUCAAACACUGACAAAUACAUGCUACGGAUUAUCGCUAAAGAGCUGUUAAACGAUGGUGAAAUUCCAAACACGCCGCCUACAGACAGUCCUAGUUUGUCCAAUCCAAGUAUGUCCACUCCUGUAGGGAUUAGAAGACAUUCCGAACACAUCUCUAAGGAGGACAGGGAACGACCAACCGGGAUUAAGGACUUGGUUUUACCGGGAGGAGGGGUAGUGCGUUCACCUGCUACCAGAAGAAGACUGAUUGAGGAGUUGCGUAGUAGCGACCCUAGCCCCGUAACUAGCUCCGUGGACUUCUCCGAUCGAUCUUCAGAUAAAGCAGUGUCCAGUUCUUCUUCCAUAACUUUGGAAAACUACGACAUGGAGCAAGUGAAUCGUUUGAGCAGCUUGGCGGUUGCCGGGCAGGUCAGCAGGGACUCGAGCAGGGCCAGUUCUCCGCGACUGGACCCGUCAGACAAACUCCAAACUGAACAGACUUGUCUCGCGGAGAAGAAAUCGAUCCAAAGAGAGCGGGCCCUGGAGCAGCUGGUGCAGAAUAUGGAAAGGUUAUUCACGCGUUUCUCAGAUGUACAACAGUGUUUGGCAGAAAUGAGAGACUUCACCCAAAACGGCAAGAAGGCUCAAAGUGUCUACCCACAUUACACCGAGCCGUCUUAUGUCAAUGUCACGUGCCAGAAGCAGUUGUCUGAGAACGUGUUCAUUGACGAGCGGAGGCCGGUGCUGCUCUGUGAUGGAAAGCUCUGUCUGCGCUCUCUGCAGGAUCUUUUCAACCUGUCCACAGUGGAGAUGAUGUAUGGGCCGUUAUGGAUUGUACUUGUGGCGGAUCCGGACGGUUUUGUUCCCUUAACGUUUAAAUCCAAGGAUGAACUCACAGUGAGGAAUGGGAAGAGGAAAUCCAACGUGCGGACGCCAGAUACUUCCUGUCCGUCCAGUCCAGCGCCCGGUCUGAGCGCUAACGCAGAGACCUGCACUUAAACUACAAAGUGUGUUAUUAUGAUUUGGUAUGUAAUAGGUUGGCUUCACAUUGUAAAGUUUUAAUAAUAUCAUAAUUUCAAGGACUUUUUAAAAAAUUUCUAAAGAAGUAAUCAAACGUAUGAUCUAUAAAUAUUGUCAUGUGAACGCAACCUAUUAUAUUAGCAAUAAAGCAAUAUCACAGUGUUACAAGGUCUUCCUCUAGUUUGCUGAAAGUAAAAUUCAACUUAUGAAAUGUUAAACUCCAGAGCCUAAAAUGUUUUGUUUUGUUGCAGUGAGCUACAUUCACCAUAACCUUUUUCUAAAACAGAAGUCACACCAAAAUACAAAUAUCACUGUGACAUUUUGCUUUUGUAACACCAUUAUUCAUCAGUUCUCACGUAAUACACAACAUAACGCAGUAUAUUGACCUUCUGAUGGUACAUGUGUAAUACUUUAUGAAACCACAUCAGUCAUUGUAAAUAUAUGUGAUGUUUUGUUCUAGUUUAGACAUUUGCCUGCCUUUGAACAGAAGGAUGUUUACAUAUUGCUUCUUUAUAUAUGACGGCAGUUGUGCCACAGUUUGUCAUAGAGAUUUUGAUUUCUUUGCAGUAUUUACUUUACAUUGGCCAAUUGAUCCUUUAUACUGUGUAAUCGAAUGGUACAUAUGCAAAAUAGCCAUGUAAAAAACAAUGGUUUAUAAUGAUGUCUGUGAGUAACUUUAACUUUGUCCAGUAGAGGGAGCAGUACACAACAGAAAUGUGAAGGUUGCAGCACUGGAAGAAUGUACUGUAUAAUAUUGUACAGUAAAGCAAAUGUAAAUAAAUGUAUUUUGUUACAAAGUGGAGAGUGAAUGGAAGCAGACCCAACAGCAGCAUGCAGUUUCUACAACGUUUAUUGUCUCGUCACCCCUUAUAAUGAUCAUUCAUAAAUAAAUAGUGUUGUAG